AUGGUCCGUCGCAUUACGUCAGCUCGCGUCACCGAGCAUGUUUACGUCAGCUCGCGUUGCAACGCAGUAGAGAAGCGAAGACGCGGCGCUCCUGUGGGCGAAGAUGGCUCCGUUCCCGGACGAGGUGGACGUGUUCACCGGGCCGCACUGGCGGAUGAAGCAGCUGGUCGGACUCUACUGCGACAAGCUUUCCAAGACCAACUUCUCCAACAACCAGGACUUCCGGUCCUUCCUGCGCUCGCUGUGCGACACCUUCAACGAGUUCAAGAUGCACGAGCAGAUUGAGAACGAGUGCAUCAUCGGCCUGCUGCAGCAGCGAAGCUGCACCGUGUACGACGUGCACUCGGACAACAAGCUGUCGGAGAUGCUGUCCCUCUUCGAGAAGGGGCUGUGCAGCGUCAAGAGUGAACACGAGCAGCUGAACUACGCCCGGCAGCUAAAGGAGCGACUGGAGGCCUUCACUCAGGACUUCCUGCCCCACAUGAAGGAGGAGGAGGAGGUGUUCCAGCCCAUGCUGAUGCAGUACUUCAGCUACGAGGAGCUGAAGGGCAUCAAGAAGCAGGUGAUGGCGGAGCACCGACGGCAGCAGCAGCGGGAGUGUGCUGCCGAGGUGCUGAAGGGGCGGACCCUGUGGAGCCAGGCCGAGGAGCUGCAGGGGCGGAGCCUGUGGAGCCAGGCCGAGGAGCUGCACAAGGCCUUCAAAUACGCUGACCACGAGAAGACACACGGGGAAGUGGACCAGAGUGACCUGGACCCGGACCAGAAGGAACCGGACCCGGACCAAAAGGAACCGGACCCGGACCAGAAGGACCCGGACCCGAGGGAGCCGGACCCGAGGGGCCCGGACCAUGUAUCCCAGCUGCCCCCAGAGACCCUGCUGAGGCUGCUGGGGUACCUGGGCCCCGCCGACCUGUGCCGCUGCAGCCAGGUGUGCAGGCGCUGGGCGGCGCUGACCCGGACCGGCUCCCUGUGGAGACACCUCUACCCCGUCCGCUGGGCCACAGGGGACUCGUACCAGGGCCCCCCCGGGGAGGUGGACCAGGAGCCCAACGAGGAGUGGGUGAGGAGCCGGCAGCACGAGGGCCGGGCCUACCAGCACUGGGACGAGGACGCCGACAUCGACGAGUCCGAGGGCUCCCCCUGGGCGCUGGCGGCGGUGCGGCGGGAGAAGGCGCUGCUCAAGGGGCUGGGUUACCACCUGCUGCCCGCCGUGGGCGUCUCCGUCAGGUCCCUGGUGCUGGCCUACAGCUCCACCGUCUCCAGCAAGAUGGUGCGUCAGAUGCUGUCGCUGUGCCCCGGCCUCUCCCACCUGGACCUGACCCAGACGGACAUCAGCGACUCGGCCUUCGACUGCUGGUCCCUGGGGGCCAGCCCCCGCCUGCAGCACCUGGACCUGUCGGGCUGCGGGAAGAUCUCGGACCAGACGCUGAGGAAGCUCUCCGUCGCCCUGGGCAACCUGCCGGCCCCCCAGGUCCCGGGCCGGGGGGGGCGGCUGCUGCGGAGUGCGCCCCUCCCCGUCGCCGCCCUGCUGGACGGCCGCGUGCCAGACGCCGCCGGGCGCAAGCGGCAGGCCAUCGUGUUCCGGGCCCCGGCCCCCGGGGGCCCAGCCCCGGGGCCCCCCCGGGUCUGGCUGCUGGACCCCCUGGAGCUGGCGGACAUCGAGGACGCGGCGGAGUGGGGGCGGCGCCAGGCGGGCGGCGACACCAGGGGCCUCACGGGCGCGUCCCUGGAGGGAGGCUCCUCCUCCACCUCCUCCUCCACCUCCUGCUGCUGCAGGCGGAGCAGGAGGCGCGCCCACAGGACGGCCCUCAGCGCCUCCUUCCUGCAGCACCGGCUCAGUGUGGCGGCGGCGGCGGGAGGAGGAGAUGGGCCGGGCGGCCGCGACUCCUCCUGCUGCUCCGGCCCCGCGGCCCCCAGGACUAAGAAUGGGGGGCCCUGCCCGCCGGGGGGGCCGCCGAGCCAGGGGCCCGGGGGCGCCUGCACCCGCCCCCUGCGGUUCCUCAGCCUAUCAGGGUGCCACCAGGUCACCGACGCAGGCCUCAGGGCCCUGUCCCAGCGCGGGGGCCUCCCCUCCCUGGAGCACCUGAACCUGUCUGGCUGCCUGCUGGUGACGGAGGUAGGGCUGCAGGAGCUGGUGUCUGCCUGCCCCGCCCUCAACGACGAGCACUUCUACUACUGCGACAACAUCGACGGACCCCACGCGGACACGGCCAGCGGCUGUCAGAACCUGCAGUGUGGCUUCAGGGCCUGCUGCCGGUCCGGAGAGUGACCCCACCGUGACCCCCCCCACCCUCCCCCCCUGGAGGGGGAACCCCACCGCGACCCCGCCUCCCCACUGCGACCCCUCCUCCUCUAUUGCACUUUAACCUGAAUCCCAGUCGCUGUACAUGUUGUUAAUUGAUGAAAUGUUUGUGGAUGAAACUGUAAAAGGAUCCCAAAUGUUUUUCUAGGGAACGUUUGUGUAGGAAGGCUAACGGAAGGCUAAUGCUUACGCUAAAGCCCGUUCUGGCUCUGUAGGGCAUGGAGGAAGGCUAACGGAAGGCUAAUGCUUACGCUAAAGCCCGUUCUGGCUCUGUAGGGCAUGGAGGAAGGCUAACGGAAGGCUAAUGCUUACGCUAAAGCCCGUUCUGGCUCUGUAGGGCAUGGAGGAAGGCUAACGGAAGGCUAAUGCUUACGCUAAAGCCCGUUCUGGCUCUGUAGGGCAUGGAGGACGAAUCCAGAUCCCCCUCGACACUUCACCUGGCCUCUCGUCGACCACGCCCUCUCUCUCUCUCUCCCCCUCGUCUGAAUAGUAUCUGAUCAGUCCUUGUGUCAGCCCAGGUGUCGGCUGAUGAUUUAAACGUGGUGAUGUGCUCUGUUCCUGCUCUCGCCACACGGGGAGGUUUAGAACCGGUUUCAAAACGGUUUGGGCUCUGCUCUGAACGGCCCGUAGCAACGCUAACGUUAGCUUUAACAUUAGCUUACAGCCGCUCAUAAGUCACUUUCAGGACGGGGUCGUCAACACUCCACUGACGUAGUGAGACCAGAGGCUGGGUCACUGACCCCUGAGGUCAAGUUGAGGAUAUACAACAGGAAGUCUCACAGCGCAUGAGGAGACACUAGCGUCACCUGGAGAACAAUAAAGUUUUUGUUUCACUUCCUCGCCUGCUGGUCCUUCACUGAUUGAGGAGAGACACGUCGUACAGGUGUGCCCACUGAGGGAGAGACAAGUCAUACAGGUGUGGUGCUGAUGAGGGAGAGACAAGUCGUACAGGUGUGCCCACUGAGGGAGAGACAAGUCGUACAGGUGUGCCCACUGAGGGAGAGACAAGUCGUACAGGUGUGGUAUAAACGACUAUAUUACAAAGCAAUACGUUUAGGAAAACAAUGUUUACACAUGAUGUGAGGUUAUGAGAACCCAAUCAUACAUUAUUAUACAUAAUCUGUCCUGAAACUCCCACAAAAUAUACUCUGGCUGGUUGGUGGUUAAAAUGUUAUAAAAAAGUAACCCUUGAUAUAUAAAAGCAAUAACGUGAGGAACGCCCCCUGGUGGCUAUUAGCAAUAUAACCUGAUGCCAAUGUGACACACAGAAGCAGUGCAGUAACGUUAGCGCUAUCGCUGUACAACAGUAGUGCUAGCGCUAGCGCUGUGUAAAAGCAGUACAGUAAUGCUAUCGCUAAACAAAGUAGUGUGGUAAUGCUAGUGCUAGCGCUGUACAAAAGCAGUACAGCAGCGCUAGUGCUAGCUUAGGCCUACAGUAAGUAACAUGUAUAAAAGCAGCACUGUAGCAUUAAUGCUCUCUUGUGUGUGGAAGCAGCCCGGGGCCAACCGGGCUACCUGGAGCGCAGCAGUGAGGCGAGGUACACCCAGACGGAGAGCACGUUGUUGGGGUAGGGGUGGACGUACACGGCCAGGGCGAACUCCACGUUGGAGGCCUCCGCGCUGUGGACCCCCGUGCUGAAGACCGCCUCCACCACCGGGCGCAGCUCGGAGAACGGCAGGUGGAGGGGGAACCCCGAGAUCUGGAUUUAGACAGUACAGAGAUGGGUCAUUAAGGAGCAGGUAGGGGUUAGACAGUACAG